AUGAGCAGCAGACGAAGAAAGAAUCCACAUCCGAAAAGAGCGGUGAACGCGAGGACGGUUUUGAAGGGAGAGAAAGAAGAACCAAAUUUGGUGUUGUGUUCGAGGAUUCCUGACGAGGACGAUGAUUUCAACGAGGCGAAUCAUCAUCAGAUACAAAAAGAAGAAGAAGAAGGAGAAGAGGACGAAGACGAAGAAGACGAAGAAGAGAUAACUGUUAGGAAAGGAACGAAGAGAAAGAGAGGGCACGAGUGCGAUGUUUGCGAGAAGGUGUUUCGAUAUCCAUCCUACUUGGCCAGACACAUGCGUACUCACACGAAAGACAAACCGUAUGAAUGUGAUGUGUGCGAGAAGCGUUUUAGUCAAUCUGGUCAUUUGCAAGACCACGUGCGUAUUCACACGAACGAGAAACCGUAUGAAUGUGAUGUGUGCGAUAAAGCUUUUCGUACAUCUGGUGGUUUGACACAGCACAAGCGUAUUCACACGAAGGAGAAACCGUACGAGUGUGAUGUGUGCGAGAUGCGUUUUCGUCAUUCUUGUAAUUUGCAAACGCACAUGCGUAUUCACACGAACGAGAAACCGUUUGAAUGCGAUGUGUGCGAGAAGCGUUUUCGUCAAUCUGGUAGUUUGACACAGCACAUGCGUAUUCACACGAACGAGAAACCGUUUGAAUGCGAUGUGUGCGAGAAGAGAUAUCGUCAAUUGAGUGGUUUAAAGUACCACAUGCGCACUCAACAUUAG